GUGCCGGGCCAGGAGCUGGGCUCAGUGAUCCUUGUGGGUCCCAUCCAACUCAGGAUAUUCUAUGAUUCUAUGUUCAGAAAUAUAGGCUUAGAAAAGAGAUUAUGUCUCUAAAAUAAUCCUGCUGACUUUGAGAUUUUCCUAUUACAACUGUCGAGGUCUGAUGGAUGGCAGGGUGCCUACAAAAUAGACAAACUGGCAGGGAAGGAUGUGCAGUGUUAGCAUGGGCAUAGGGUAGGAUGGUUAUGUGACACCAAACUCUGGACCAAGAGCAGGUUCUCUCUAGCCUAGUAAUCCGUGGUGAAAAGGAUGAACACGCAGUGUUGUGCAGCAAAGAUAAAACUUACGACAUGAAAAUAGCAGAUACCUCAAAUAUGCUGCUGUUUGUUCCUGGCUGCAAAACUCCAGAGGAGCUGAAUGCUGAUCCAGCAUCUUGUAAUAUUAUUUAUUCACAGAUUGCUGGUUUCUCCAAGAACUAUUGGGAAUUAAGGAGAUGUCGACCAAAACUGAAGAAACUGAGGAAGCUUUUAAUGGAAGAUCCAUAUGAAGGGCCUGAUAGUCAAAAAGAUCAGACUUCAACAUUUUCAAAGUAUACAACGGAAGAUUUGUUAAGUCUGAUUCAAGCAAGUGAAGAAGAAAUACUCCACCAAUUGCAGGUUAUAGAUGCAUGCAAAAUUGAAGGAUAUUGGAGAAUUCUAGACUUUGACUAUGAGAUGAAACUCUUGAAUCAUGUGACUCAGCUAAUAGACUCAGAGUCCUGGCCUUUGAGUAAAGUUCCUCUAUGUGUCUGCCUUGAAGAACUUGGAUCUCUAGAACCCAGAGAGAUGAUAGAACAUAUUCUUUUAAGCUACGGCAGGAAAUAUAUUGAUGAUGCAGGGGACGUUUUCUUUGAAAUGCUUGAAGAUAAAGUAUGCAGAGCUGUAGCACAAAUGCUUUUGCAAAAUGCAGUAAAAUUCAAUCUAUCAGAGUUCGAAGAAGUCUGGCAACAGAGUGUCCCUGAGGGGAUGACAACAAGGCUUGAUCAGCUUCAGGGCUUGGCUCUUGUGGAUAGAAGUUCAAGACCAGAGACCAUCUUUCUGCUAAAAGUAGAAGACCUACCUGAAGACAAUCAGGAAAGAUUCAACAGUUUAUUUGGCAUACGGCAAAAGUGGACAGAAGUGGAUAUCACCCCUUAUAUACAAGACUUGUGUGCAGAGAAGCAGACUGUUGGUGCUCUUCUGACAAAAUAUGCUCGCUCCUCAAUGCUAAAUGGUGUUAAAGUUUAUAAUUCUAGAAGACCCAUCUCAUAACAAGUAUUGUUUGAAGAACUGAGGAUACUGAAUGUAGUAACAGUGAAUGUUACUUGCUGCUGCCUUCCGGGGGAAGGAGUUGCCAACCAUCAUUAUACAAUGUACUUGAGUUUAAGCAGCUUGAACAAGUUGUGUUUUCUGCUCAGCUGAGAGUGUGAGGGCACUUGUGGCCUCUAAGGAAUGAUAUUCAGCUCACCUUCCUUUGCCAGCCUUCUUUGCCAACCUUUCUUUGCCCAGCUUCUUUUGCCUUUGUGUCUAGUUAAGCUAGGAGCCAAGCUACUUCUUGAAUACACUUAAUCUGUUUAUCUGUAAGUCUGAAAUGAAAAUGUAAAACCUCCCUGAUAAUAAUUUGAAUAGCAAAAUGGAAAUUUUAGUCUUCUGCCCAUUAGUGGCCAUUCUUAAAGAUUAAGGUUUCAUCGCAUUUUGAAUAGCACAGAGCCUCAUCAGGCUCAUGAACAAAUCAUUCUCCAUUGAGACUACACCAGUCUUAAUUUUGAAAAGUGGUUCUUUUUAAGGUCAUGUCUAUGAACACCAUCAGUACAAGCACCUGACACUUUAAUACUUGGCAGAAUGUCCUUAUAUAUAUUACAAAAAACCUAAUGGUGAAGUGUGACUAUAAGAGAGUAGUUGGACAUUGUGUUACGAAUUUCCUAUAAACUGUCAUUAACAUGUAGCUGAGAUAAAACUAAACGCUUUACAGAAGCAGGCUACUUGUGCUUUUUUAAAAAGAACCUACAAAACUUUGUAGCACAAUUAUUUCCUUAAACUUUGUUAUGGCAAAUAACUGCACAUAGAAAUUGUGCCUUGAAACCUUACAGUAUAAUAUUGUUCUGUGUAGAGCAAUGAAACAGGAUUUUUUUAAUGAUACUACCAUGAAGUGGUGUACCUGAGAUGGUAAUUUUGUAAACAUUGAAAAGGAUUGUUUGCAUGUCAGUAAACCAGAGUUUAAUUUUAGAUAGAUAGUUUUCAGAUUUAUAUUUUAAACUUAAUAGUUGUAGGUUAUUUGAUACAAAAAGCAUUUUUUCCAUCAGACUCAGAUGUGAGGUCUGAAAUGCUUGCUUGGAACUGCCAGCAUUCCAGCUGUCGAGUGGGGAAAGGAGAAAAACUCCUCCUAAGUCAAAUGUAACUCUUAAGAUGCACCGUGUGUGUACUUCGAAUUUGGUACAGAUAAGAAGCUGAAUAAAAGCUACUUCCUGAGCUCUGUUAUUGGUGCCCAGUGCUGCAAGGUCAGUGCCCUGUGCUCCACGCUGCUGGUGGAGGGGUGUGGUGUUUGACCAGCUCUGUGGAGACCUAGAAUGGCGCUCUGCUGGGAAGAACUGCCUCGUUUGCUCUCUGGUUCCAACAGCUGCAGUCCCCCAAGAGCCCCAGAAGGUUCACUCCCAGAGAUCAAUGGUAAUAUGAAUGGAAAAGCCUUGGAAAUUCCUUCCAUUGCCUCACAGGUUCCUCAGUUAAAUACUCAACAAUUGAUACUUUUCUACUUGUGGUCCAAGUUUGUAUUUACGUAAGGGAUUUCUUUGUAAAACAAAAAAGAAAUUAAGUAUUUCAAGAAUAGAGUUUUAUUACAGCCGUAAGAAGAGAUUGUUUAAAUUA